AUGCUUGCGCUACGUUCGCGCAUGGCUCUUAAGGGCGGUGUUCUUUGGGUUUCUCGGUUUAGUGGAAAUUUCCUCGAAAGGAUUCACUCAUCUAUAUCCUGUGAGCUGCAGUCCUUUCGAGGAAUACAUUCCACAUUCGCAAAAAAGAAGGAUUACUAUAAAAUCCUUGGUGUUGACCGCUCGGCCUCUCAGGCGGAUAUCAAGAAAGCGUACUAUCAGUUGGCCAAGAAAUACCACCCGGAUGUAAACAAGGAUGACAAGGACGCAGCCCAGAAGUUUCAGGAAGUGAGCGAAGCAUACGAAAUUCUCGGUGACGAGAAUAAGCGAAAGCAGUACAACUCCUUCGGAGCCGCCUCGUCCGGCACGGGUGCUCAAGGCAGACCUCAGUACAGCGGUUUUGAGUAUCACUCCCAAAUUGACCCAGAGGAGCUAUUCCGACGGAUCUUCCGGGAUAGUGAAUUCGCCUUCAAGGAAUGGACUACCGGUGAUAGAAACUUCGCAGAAACAAUAUUUGGAUUCAGUCCAACAAAGGAGAUUCCCGUAAACUUGACUUUUGAACAGGCUGCACGUGGUGCGAACAAAGAGAUUGCUGUUAAUAUGCCCGUUGCUUGUUCUCGAUGUGGAGGUUCUCGGGCCGAACCGGGCACCGGUACAUCCACCUGUCCCAACUGCAAUGGAACUGGUACGGAACAGUUAAACACCGGACCAUUCUUGCUCCGAUCCAUUUGCCGUCGAUGUCAGGGCAGCGGGUCGAUUGUGCGAUAUCCGUGUGUUGAAUGUGAAGGGAAGGGCAAAGUGAUUGCCCGACAACGUGUGAACAUAUCGAUUCCUGCAGGCGUUGAAGACGGGCAGGUGCUCCGAGUAUCUGUCAGUGCCCCCCGCGGCGAGUCCCAGGAGAUCUUUGUCCAGAUUCGCGUCGAACGCAGUCGACAAUUCAGGCGAGAAGGCGCCGACAUACAUUCAGACGUAGUCAUUUCCUUGGCACAAGCUGCACUGGGCGGGAAGAUGCGAGUACCUGGUAUUUAUGAAACGAUGUUGAUCUCCAUUCCUCCCGGCUCCGCGAGUGGCGACCGAAUACGUCUUCCUGGCAAAGGAAUUAGUCGAGUCAAUGGCUACGGCUACGGUGAUCAUUACCUCCAUAUCAAAAUUCAACCCCCCAAAAGGCUCACCGAACUCCAGCGCGCCCUUCUCUUGGCAUAUGCGGAAACGGAACAAGAUGUCUCUGGGACAGUAGAGGGUGUGACGUCAACCGAAUCAGGUUUGGACAAACUGCGAAAGGCUCUGCUAGGUGAUGCUCACAAUUCGUCUUCGAGACGGGCGUCAACACCAGAUGAUUCAUCUGAUCGUUCAGCGCAUAGCCAAAAUGACGCCCCGACUGACCAGAGUGAUAGCUUUCUGAAUCGGAUCGUGGACGGCGAUCGUCGUGCUAUUGACACCACUCCAGGUUUUCUUCUCUCGCGUAUUCGUGCCUCUCUUUACACAAACUCCGACCCAGAAUCCAGCAAAUCCGAACCACAGCAACCUGAAAUCCCACUGUUUUUGGGGGCGAGAUGGCCCAAGUGGUUAGAGCGCGAAUUUACUGACCGGAAGGUCCGUGGUUCGAAUCCGACCUCCGCCACUCGACUUCUCCUGUCUAGGCUUGGGCAGCCUGGCAGUAUCCCAGCCCUCGUGCUUCCUCCGGGUGGCAUGGCAGCUAGGCACCGGAAGGAUGGAGAAAGAAAAGAAAGAAGAAAGAGUUCAGCCGUAGCACCCUUCCGGUGCCUAGCUGCCAUGCUACCCGAAGGAAGCACGAGGGCUGGGAUACUGCCAGGUUGCCCAAGCCUAGACAGGGGAAGUCAAGAGGCGGAGGUCGGAUUCGAACCACGGACCUUCCGGUCAGUAAACUCGCGCUCUGACUACUUAGGCCAUCUCGCCCAGAUGGUCACCUGA